UGACAAGAAAAUGUUCACUCUUAAACUUGUGUUUACCGUAAUAUUCAUUCUUUUCUGUCCCUGUGUUUCUUUUGUAGUCUUGUCCCAGGCAUGAAGAGACCCAGGAUCAGCACUGCUUUUCCAGAAGUAAUUUCUCUGAAUGUGGGUGGCACGUACUUCACUACACGCCUGUCUACACUGCAGAGGUAUGAAGACAGCAUGCUGGCUGCCAUGUUUAGUGGACGUCAUUACAUUCCACGUGAUGCUGAAGGUCGUUUCUUCAUUGACCGUGAUGGGACCUAUUUUGGGGACAUCCUAAAUUUUCUUCGAGAAGGCGAGCUUCCUCACAGGGACAGAGUGAGGUCAGUGUACAAAGAAGCUCAGUACUACACCAUCGGCCCAUUGCUUGAUCACCUGGAGGACACUCAGCCACUCACAGGAGAGAAAGUUCGUCAAGCAUUCCUGGAUCUACUACCCUAUUACAAAGAUAACCUGGAACGUAUUGUGGAAAUCGCUAGACUGAGAGCCACGCAAAAAAAAGCUCGAUUUGCCAAGCUGAAGGUCUGUGUGUACAAGGAAGAGACGCCCAUCACGCCCUAUGAGCGGCCUGUUUUCAACUCUCUUCACUUUGAGCGCUCAGACAGUGAGGCAAAGCUCUUUGAGCACCAAUGUGAGGUGGACGUGUCCUUCGGGCCGUGGGAGGCAGUGGCCGAUGUCUACGACCUGCUGCACUGCAUCGUCAGUGACUUGGCUGAGCGCGGAAUCGCCGCGGAGCACCAGUGCAUUGGUGUUUGUGACAAGCAUCUUAUCAACCACUACUACUGCAAGAGGCCCAUCUACGAGUUUAAGAUCACAUGGUGGUGAAGGAUUUCCCUUUUUUCGCCUCCUUCCGUGGCUGACCACACAUUCAAAGUGACAUCUUUCUGAGGGAUCAGACUGAUUUUUGCCAGAAUGGGGAGCGAUGUAUUUGAAAAACAUUGCAGCACUGUAUCACUUCCUCCGUUUCCACUUUCAUAAGCACUCACACAUGCAUCUGAAGUUUAGAUGUAUGGUGUGAGCGCAUGUAGCGCACGCUCUCAGUGUGCACUGUUCACCUGUAAGUGCGCAGUAUCUUUAUUGUCAUAUAUAUAGGACAAGUUUUUAUAGCAAUUGUAUUGUUGAGUAAUACAGUGGUCCCUCGUUAUAAUGCGGUUCAUCUUUCGCGGCCUCGCAGUUUCGUGGAUUUUUUUAGUCCAAUUUUGCAUGCUUUUUUUUUUACAGCGCAU